AUGAUGAACGCCUUGGAGCAGUGCCAAACAGUUAUAUUUCAGUUGCCUGAGAAGAGUAUAGUUUAUGCAUGGUUGUAUAAUAUUCACAGUUUUUAUAGGCCUAUACAUACAUAUCUUUCAAUAUUUUUGUGCGCAGUUGGCACGUUAUGUAAUUUUUGCAACAUUGUCGUUCUUACAAGGAAGCAAAUGCGUACUCCAGUGAAUAUGAUACUUACAGCGAUGGCCUGCUGUGACACUGUUGUGCUUUUCUCCAAUCUAAUUUAUACAACGCAUUAUACAUUUGUUGCUUUUGCGAAUUGCCAUCCAAAACAUUGGAGUUAUGGUUGGGCGAUGUUUUUGAUAUCGCAUGCAAAUCUUUCUCUUGUUGGGCAUUCUAGUAGUGUUUGGCUUUCAGGUAAUACAUAUAUUGUUGAAAUUUUUAACUUGGCUUAA